AUGUCGUCGAGUCAAGAAUUAAGCCACAAGGCUGGAGAAGCCACCGGUCAAGUUCAGCUGAAGAAGGAGGAGUACUUAAACAAGGUAUCACACGCAAUGAAUGAAAAUUCUGAUCAUCACACUCACUCACAGCCACACGCAGAACAUGAUCAGAACAAUCCUUCCCUAAUUUCCCAGGCCUCUAAUGUCAUUCAACAGACAGGAGGACAAGUGAAGAACAUGGCACAAGGAGCAGCCGACGCUGUGAAGAACACUCUUGGGAUGAGUCCCACCACCAACAACCCUAGCAGCCCGGCAGGCAGGACCCACCCGAGCAAUCCUAGUAGCCCAGCUGGCAUGACCCGUCCGAGCAACCCUAGCUCAAGGAAUAUUUGA